AUUUUGGAAGUACUCCAGCCCUGGUCGUUAUUGUUUUUUGUGAUAAUAUUUUGAUAACAGCAGUAAUAAUAAUCAAUGAAUUAACGCGCAGAUGUGAGUCUCCAGAACACCAGAAAAGAUGGGGAGCUACGAUAAACUGGAGAACGCAGCCCAGGAGCGGAGCCACCGGAAAUGGGGCCUGAGAACUUUGAUCUGCUGGAGUGUUUUGUUGACUUCUUUGUUGUGCCUUUUUGUGGGGCUCAUCAACUCGGGAUUUUUGGGACUCCAAAUGGGAACUCAGAGAGUGGACUUGGGCCAAGUGGAGCAGCGACUGGUGUGCUACUAUGCCAGAGGCGGAACCCAAAAUCUCAGCCUUCUGGAUGUUCCCGGCGAUCUGUGCACCCACAUCAAUAUCGGACCCGCCAUCUUAAAUAAUGCCACCAUAGUCCUGCCCGAUUCCCUGAUCCAAGUGCUGCAGAACGACAGCCGCUCCUUCCGGGCUGCCCAUCCGCAGGUGCACCUGCUUCUCUGGAUCGGAGGCGCCGACAGCGGCCGACAGUUCGCCCUCAUGGUGGCGAACCAUGCAAUGCGCAAGGUGUUUCUACGCUCCCUCCGGGAAAUACUGCGCACCUAUCCCAGUUUGGAUGGCAUCGAUCUGGACUGGGAGUUUCCGAGUGCCUACGAUCGCGAGCGAAUGCAUCUCUCGCAGUUGCUCUACGAGAUCAGGACGGAGUGGAGGCGCGAGAAGCGACCGAAUGAUAUCCUUUCGCUGGCGGUGGCUGCUCCCGAGGGAAUCGCCCUCUAUGCCUAUGACAUCCGGGAGCUGAAUCUGUACGCGGACUAUGUAAAUCUGAUGGCCUAUGAUUUUCACUUCUACCGCGAGGAUACACCCUUCACGGGCCUGAAUGCUCCACUUUAUGCCCGCUCCCAGGAGCGCUCCCUGAUGGCCACGUUUAACAUAAACUACACGGUGGAGUGGUGGCUGAAGAGCGGUCUGGAGCCGCAGCGGCUUGUGGUGGGUCUGCCCACCUACGGACACUCCUUUACAUUGGUGAAUCCCCUCAACCACCGCAUAGGAGCUCCUGCUUCCGGUUAUGGCAAAUGCGGCCAUCUGGGCUUCACCACACUCUCGGAAACCUGCGAGUGCGCCUCCAAGUACUUCAAACCCACCUUCUCCUACGACGCUGAGACCUGUUCGCCCUAUCUAAGCGCCCUACAGGAGUGGAUCUCCUACGAAAACCAAACGAGCAUCGCCUGCAAGGCCAGCUAUGUAAAAUCCCUGCAUCUGGGAGGCGUCAUGGUCUUCUCACUGAACAGUGAUGAUCUCAGGAAUGCAUGCAGCUACUUGCCAAACUUGGAAUACAACCAGAAACCCGUCUUUCCUCUUACCCAGGCCAUUAAAGAGAUCCUAACGAAAUCGGAAGCGGAAUCACUGUGAUUACUCUCUGUAUUAAAUGAUAUAUAUUUGAUUUAUUUGCAAGAGGCUGAUGCUGCUGCUGCUGUGUCACAACCGCCUGGCCAACUGCUCGAAACAGAAACAGUUUUGUACAUAGUCAUAGACGAUAACUUUAUGUAUAUAUAAGUAUAAAUUAAAUUAUCACAAUCGAUCAAUUCAUAAUAUAACUAGAAGGUGUCAACAUA